GCUUUGAGGCUCAUUACAGCGCUGCUGGUUCAAAUUGAGUCAACUAUCAUGAGUAGAGACACAAAAGAGACAAACACGGCGCAGACACACCGCUGAAAGACUUAUGUGUGUGUUUCACACCGUGCAGCUUUGAACCGAUCGGAGCUCAUCAACAGUCUGGGAUAGUCUUGUUUCGUUUGUUUUGUUUUUUUUUUUUUUAAACUGCCUUCUGCCAUUGAAAGAAAUUACAUUCGGACAUUGAGCUGCAUCACAUCAGAGGUCAUAAUGCCUCCCACAACACCGUACGCUGGAAAGUUCAGCACUUACACCAACAACAACAACCGUCCUCAGCCUCACAGCCCAUACCGCAACGGCACAGGCCCAAAGCCCGCCAAGGAAAACGUCUACAACAACGCAUACUCUUCCACAGAAAACCCCUACGACAUACCACAGCCUCACAGUUCGUACCGCAGCUCCUCCGUCUCCUCCGCGACUACGAAGGAGCAUCAUUACAGCAGCAGCUGUGCAGUGUCGGAGAACCCGUACUCCUCACCGCAGCCGCACAGCCCACGACAGCACAGCACUUCCUGUCCUGGACGCGCUUAUCGCCACAGCAGCAGUGGCAGCGAGCAGCCGUGUCGUAACAAUUCCAUUACGGCAAAAGGCAGAGUUUAUGGGCACGCCGUCACUGCUAGCUAUGGGGAGAUGUGUUACCACGACAACAGUCUGGUUUCAGCAUCCCUUGAGGCGCUGAUCCAGCACCUGGUUCCCACAGUCGACUAUUACCCUGAUAGGUCGUAUGUGUUCACCUUCCUGCUGAGUUCACGCCUCUUCCUGCACCCGUAUGAGCUCAUGACCAGGGUUUGUCACCUGUGUGUGGAACAGCAGCGGUCCGGAGAUGCCCUGCUGGAUAAGAUCCGUUUCCGUGACGUGGCACCUAAGCUGGUGCAGCUGCUGACUGAGUGGACGGAGACAUUUCCAUAUGACUUUAGGGACGAGAGGAUGAUGCGCUGCCUCAAGGACAUGACACACCACGUGGCCCGAGCAGAUGAGUACUCUUGGCGAGCUAUGCAGCAGAUGACCCAGCGGCUCAUCAAACGCCUCUCUGCCCUCGGCCAGUACGAGGAGGCUGUCGCUGCGCUCAACGCUGUGGCGAUGGAGCGGCCUGCUUCCCUGAAAAGCAAACAGGCCUCGGGUCAGCGAAGUGAUGUCAUGAGCAUGUGUGACGACCCCUUCAUCCUUGCACAGCAGCUCACACACAUUGAACUGGACAGACUGAGUUUUAUCGGUCCUGAGGAGUUCAUCCAGUCAUUCGCCAUGAAGGAUCCUCUGGAAAACCACAAGGGUUUCUUCCGGAAGCGUAAAACCAGUAACCUGGAGGCCUACGUCAACUGGUUCAACAGACUGAGUUACCUGGUGGCCACUGAGAUCUGUAUGCCAGUGAAGAAGAAACACCGAGCACGGAUCAUAGAGUUCUUCAUUGAUGUGGCUCAGGAGUGUUUCAACAUCGGCAACUUCAACUCCCUCAUGGCCAUUAUCACUGGGAUGAACAUGAGUCCCGUUGCCAGACUGAAGAAAACCUGGAGCAAAGUCAACACUGACAAGUUUGAAAUCCUGGAGCACCAGAUGGACCCAUCCAGUAACUUCAGCAACUACCGCACUGCGCUCCGUGGCGCCACCCAGAGGUCUGAGACUGCGCACAGCAGCCAGGAGAAGAUUGUUAUUCCUUUCUUCAGUCUGCUCAUCAAAGACAUCUACUUCCUGAAUGAAGGCUGUGCCAGCCGGCUGUCGAAUGGACACAUCAAUUUUGAGAAACUGUGGGAGCUUGCAAAACAGGUGAGCGAGUUCCUGGUUUGGCGCCAGGUGGUUUGUCCGUUUGACAGAGACCGCCGCAUCCUCCAGUACCUCGUCACCACACCAGUCUUUAGUGAGGAUGAGCUGCAUCUUGCCUCGUACGAGAGUGAAGGACCCGAGAACAACAUGGAGAAAGACAGUCGUAGGUCUCUUAGAUCUUCCCUCCUGCACCGAGAGAAUCGAUCCUAAGAGAAUUAUAAUCCCCUCUGCCCUACAGACUAUAAAUGGACAAGGUGUUUUAAAGCUACAGCUUCCUCCAUAUUAUUUUAUGGACACAUUUUUCAUCUCCAUGGCCAAAUUUUUAGUCUUUUACAAAUAUUGAUCUACAGGACAACAAACACAGUGAGGCAUAUAUUCUCACACAUGACCAGAAGAAUAUAACACAGUGUGUGGGGUUUGAGCUCUCGUAAAUCAGAUGCUGUCACAGUCAUUAAUGAGAUUCACCUGGUGCCAAAGGACUUGCCGCAACUCUCGGCAUUGCAAGCGUUCAUGGACUGAACUCCUUUUUGAACCUAGUGAGAGCUUGGAUUACUAAUUUGGAUCAUCAUCUUUAACAUUAGCUCUGUCCAAGGGCACUUAAAGGAUUUUUUGUUUAUAUCUCCAGUGGUUCUCUGUCAUGUUGGCAACAUCCUAAUUAUGUGGAAGGACUCAUACUACAGAAGCAUUAAGGGCUGAUUUUGUCUGUGAAUGAGAUACACAUGGACCCAGUUUGUCAUGUUGCAACAUUAGAACUGCUUCUCUUCUGUGUUGGGUCAAAAAAGACCAGAAAGAGAGAAGAGAGACUGUCAUCGACUUGUAUUAUAAAGACUGUGCUAAGAACAGCUUUUAAAAGUGCUGUUGCUGGCUGUGUUGUCUUGUUGAGUGCAUAAUUUUAACACCUUCGGCAGCAAGUGCUCCACAUCCAGUCCAAUUGCUCUCAGUUUGCACACGGCACCAAUUUCCAUUCAUUCAAGCUUUUUAUUCAGUUGUAACACAUACUGCAAGUCAGUGCAUCAGCUGCAUUUUCUCAAAUACAUUUUACAGACACUAUUUUCAUCAAUGAUGCUAUUUGGUUCUGAGCAUUUUGUGAUGUGUGCACUUUGACUGUGUAUUGGUGAUGCAAAAUUGUGCUAAUCAUGCAAGUUAAACCUAAUGCACUUCGGUAGGUUCCUGUGUAUUGUAUUAUAGGAUCUGGUGACUCCUAUUUUAAGGUGUCUUUCUAUACAGUAUUAAAGUUGUACUUUGUAUCAGAAGGUUAGAAAAUUGUUCUUGAUGUAUCUUCUCUGAAGUUUCACCAUGAGCUUGUUGCUGGUUGGCUGGCUCUGCAUUGGUAAGCUAUUUUCUUAAUACAACACCAGUUAGUGUAUGACAAAGAGGUGUUUUGGGUCUGAAUGAAGCACAAACUGAUGCGUGUAUGUUCUGCUUAAGUACAAACAGGAUCCUCAUUCUCCUCUUAAUCUCAUCUGUGGUGAUGUGAGCGUGAUGUGAUUCGUUAAAGUCUACCUGUGUGUGAACGUGAUGCUGUUUUUAUAUUUUAUGAAAGCUCAUUUUAUGUUUCAUUUUAUAAGCUUCUUCUCACGUAUGCUUUUUCAGUCUUUUUUUGUGUGUGUAUCACUCGUCUUACCAGUCAGGGUACUUUUACUGAAGGUCUUUGUGAAAAGAGAAUUAUAUAUAUUUUUUCUUUCGAAUAAACAGAAUAACUGAA